AUGACAACUAAGAUUGAAGUUAACUUGCAUGGCAUGGUGGAGAUGUGGUAUAACGAAACGAAAUAUUAUAGUUAUGGAAGCAAUUAUUGUUCAAGAGUUUGCGGGCAUUAUACGCAGGUCGUUUGGGCAAAGUCACUUAAACUAGGAUGCGCAUAUAAGGUAUGCUCUCCAUUUACGGUUUGGGAGAAUACAUAUAAUUCGGCUUUCUUUGUCGCCUGUCAGUACAGUCCUGCGGGAAAUUUUAACGGACAAAAACCGUACAUGAGUGGCACAAAAUGUACUAUGUGUCCUUCUGGAUAUAAGGCAUGCGAUAAAGGCUUAUGCGUUGCUAAAUCUUCUGGUAAAACUUCUACUAAAUCACCACAUGUUUCAACUUCCUGUUCAAACCGAUCAACAACAUCGUCGACUACUUCAGUCUCAUGUUCAGAAGUGCUCGCUGUGAUUGCCUUAGUACUUGCAAAUCACCUCAAUUAA